CUGUGAUUCAAGUUCCCGUCACUUGGACUUCUUAAGCAGUUCUAACUCAUGUGCGUUUAUUCGAAAAUACCCAUGUAUUAUCAGUGUUCUGUGAGAAAUUUUUGUUUUUAAAUAUUAGGUUGCCAUGAUAGAUGUUGAUGACUUGUGUUAUACGUUCAAGUGAAAUUAAUGAAUUGGUUACCAAAAAUUAAAAAGUUUUAUAAGGAAGGAUUAAUUUGCGGCACAAUCAAGGCAUAUUCAAUUACAUUGCUAUGGAUAAAACCAUAAUAUUAAUUUUUAUUAUUAAAUUAAUAUUUUGGACACAAACUGAAGCCACUCAGAGAUGGUCUCGACAGAUUUCCAAUAGUGAUUGGGUUCCUCUAACACAUCAUAGACCUAGUCAAAGAAGUGAUAGUCACUCACAAGAAAAUGUAUUCUCAUCUUCUUCACAAAUAAAUAGAGGUUCAUCUGUGUCACUUUCACCACCUCUUCAAAAACAAUAUCAAGAUCAGUUGUUGCAACUACAAAGAACUCAAGAAAGUAUUGAGAAGCUUUUAAAUCUUCAAGAACAACUCAGAAUUCAACAACAACUACUUCAGUCGCAUGCAUAUAUUCAGGAUGGCAUUACCAAUCGAGAUCAAGAUAAAGAGACAUUUCAUCAAAGUAGGAUACAAAACGUACAAGCAAUUCCUCAACUAGUUCCAGAUGUUUUAAUGCCUCCAAAUGCGGUAUAUAAAUCUUCAUCCCCAAUAUUUUCUGAAUCAAAUCCGCAAUUGAAAGACGAAAGACAAAAGUUAAGAGGCUCUGGAACAUCCAAACUUCAUCAUAAUUCUGAAAAUCGAUUUAAAGUUAAUAGAGAACAUUAUUUUAAAGAUUCGAAACAGGAUGCAUCACCAGAUGAGGCAUUCGAAAGUCAUAAACGUUACAAAAAUGAUAAUAAGGUUAAAUUUUUACCACAGCCGUGGUCAAAACAAGAUGAAUCUGACGAAGAGAUUCAGUUAGUCUAUGUUCCAGCCGAGACACUGCUUCAAAAUAGUCAAGAAAAGAAUGAGAAAGAACGGUCACGAAAAAAGCAAAAUUUAAAUAAUUAUCAAGAUAGCCAGGGAGUUCAGUUGCCACCAUCAAUAUUGAGCCAAAAAAGUUUUUCUCUUAAACAUUUUGAUCAGUCUCAAGAUAACAUAAAUGAAGAGGAUCAAUUUUUCCAAGAAGAAGGAAUAAAAGAAAUUUUACCCUUACACGGCGAACAAAAAGAUUUUCAGAAGAAUUCACAGGUAUUUUCAAACAGUAUGACAAGGAAUCACGAGCCAGAUAUAAUAAAAGAUGAAAUUAAACAAACUGAGUUACCAAAAGUUUAUGAAGGCAGAGAAAAACAGGAGCAAGAGAGGAGAAAAUUAAUAGGAAGUAGAACAAAAGAAGGUAGAAUAAAGCAAAAUCAAGAUAAAGAACAAUAUGAUAAACAAACACCUUUAGAAAGAAAAAAAGAUACCGAAUAUCAGAGAAAUAUUAAUUAUCAAAGUGAUAUGGAUUAUUCGAGAGAAGCGCAUAGAUUGAAAGAAAAUCGUAGAAUCUUACCACGUCAAAAACAAUCUUCUCAAACAGCUUUUAGGCAACUACCUUCUAGAAAUGAACCCUAUAUGACUCAAGAUUAUCAAUUUAAUGAAGAUAAAAUCCCACAGUCAUUAAUAAAUAAUGAGCAGCACUAUCAAUAUUUUACAAAUGACCCCGACAAUGUUACAAAUAACAGGAAGAAUAAAUUUCAACCACAGAUUGAUCAACAUUACUCAACUGAUGAUGAAGAUGACGUCACUACAACUUCCGUUUCCCCUAAUCAACCACCUUUAUCAAUUUAUUUGUCAACAAAAGUAGAACCUCAGAAAGUUGAUGUUAAUGAUUUACUUGAACUUCUACAAAAUGCAAAGUCAAUUGCAGUGGUGGAUGUUAUACAUCCAAAUACUCCAAAAGUAUUUGUUGGACCAGCAUAUCUAGAGACUCCACCUGGAUACGUCAAAUUUGAUCUACCUUAUUUGUCUUCAAUUGAACACUACCUUUUUGAUAAAGAUGUACAAAGAUUUCCUUUUUUUGUGGCUCCUCUAAGUUUUGUACCUCGGCGCGGUUAUUUCAAAAUUCCUUUCCCAGCUCCUCAUAUUGGAUCCAUUAUUGUUAGUACAAUAGAAAAGACAACAGAAUCAGAAGAUUAUAAAAAUCGUCACAAUUCUAGUCCCUCAACAGAAUUUAAUUCAUAUACUUUCAAUUCUUAUCAAACACCUAACGAUAAAAUUGCAACAACAACUGACUACAGUACUGGAGUUGUUGAUUCCUCUUUGUAUAAAGAAUCGCAGUUUUAUCAAGAUCAAAAACCUUUAUUUCCUGCUGUGGAUACAGAAAAAGAACAAUUAAAAAAUAUAGAUUAUUUUAACAAUUUUCCAUCAUCUUCAGGUUAUCAUGAUACAAGUUUUGUAACUCCUUCUUAUCAGACAAAUUCUCCUCAAAGUACGCUUCAGUAUGAAAAAGAAAUGUUAACUAUUCCCGAUUCCCAAACAGGAAAACAUUUAUAUAACCCCACGUAUGUUACUGAAAACCAAGAACAAAACCUCCAUAAUCAUCAUGUUCAUAACUCUAAUGUUGAGCCCUUGGGUCCUACUGCUACCAAUACUAACUAUCCUUCACAUUACGAACCAGAGAAAAAACAAGUAAUUAAAUCAAGUCAAUACAAUUUGUCUGCAAAAUUACCAGCAAUAUCGUCACAAUUACCUGGAUUGGUAAAUUCAUUAAUGGAAAAAAAUGAAGAGAUACAUUCUUUGACUACACCACUUACCACUAGUACAACAACUACAACAACUGAAGCAUCACCUACAACUGUACGCAGUCGUGGAAGACAAAGGGUAAGAGUUGUUCCAACAAAAAGUACAACAUUACAUCCCCCUGUAAAAUCAGCGACAAACAGAUCCCAGAGACCAUUCACUCGAUCUAGAACCCGUUUAACUACAACUACUGAAAAAUACCAAAGAAGUUCAUAUGAGCCUAAGAAGAGUAAACCUGAAACAACUAAUAGGCAUUACACAGAAAAUGAAUCUCGUAAUCCUUCGAAUGAAAAAAAUCAAAAAGUCAGAGGAAGAAAUAAAAUAAAUCAGUCAAAGAGUGGGGAUCAUUUGCCAAACGAACAAGGUUAUUCGUCUAAUCAACAACAAGCAGAAAAAGCCUAUUCUCAUCAAAGUUCCACAGUUUAUUCAAUAAAUGAUGAUGAAGCUCCAAAAUUCCAGAGUGGCUCUACGUUUCAAAAUAUUGGAUCCCAAGAACAAUCUUCAAAUUAUAGUGACUUUAUAAAUCAACAAAUUUACCAACAAGAUCGUCAAUUUACAAAUAAUAGCAGUCGUUCCCCAUAUACAAACGAAGAUUUAAGAUAUCAAACAGAAGCCACACCGUCAACGUUAAAGGAUUAUUCAUAUUAUUUGCCUAAGAAAACUGGAAAUAAAGGUUAUACAAACGUUGAUCCUACUCAAGUAUCUGAGCUUGAUGAAUCUUAUCAGCAAGAAUACUUACAAUAUAAUGGUGCUUUUCCAAGUCAUGUCAAUCUGAAGUCACCAAAUGAUAAUUACGAAUCAACUGAAAGAAUAAAUUAUGAAACUUACCAAACUGGAGUUACAAAUAAUUUUGACACUUCACAUUAUGACUAUUCUACGGAUCAACCAACGGAGCAGUUGACAGAAUUUCCCGUAACUCCAACAACUUUAAAUGCACGUGUAUUAGGAGUUAUUAAAGAAAAACCAAGAGAGCGUUUAAACGAACGAGUUCAACAAGAAGUACAAACCCAUCAUAACAAAAUGCAACCUGAAUAUGUUCGUAUUACUUCUACAAUAAAUCAACAUACGAAAAAAUCAUCUCCUAAUUUAGGUAACCGAAACAGAGAAAAUAUAUCUUCCCGAUUAAGAACACGUACUCGACCAAAUUUUAAAGAUUCACAAAUACAAGUCGAUGGUCAACAUUAUGUGAGAAUUCAGUCUGCCAUGAAAGACAAAGAAUCGAUCGUUUCAUCUGCAACUCCAGAGUCAGUAACUACUUUAGAAGAACCGGAAACUUUAGAGGAAUAUGGAUUUUUCAAACCACCAAAUUUUCAGUCUACACAUUCUGAAGAAAAUGUUCAUUUAAGAACGAAGGAAAAUCAAGGACACAUUAAAAAUGAACAAGAUAGUGCAGGAAUAUAUGCAGAUUCAGUAAUAACACAAAAACAUGAUUCUAAAAAACGGCCAAUGUAUUUAUCUUUCAAUAGAAAUUAUCCCAAUUCUAUAACAACGACACGCACAACACCUAUUUCUUUUGAACAAUCUAAAAACACUUCAACUUCAAAAUCAAAUACUGACGAAACAAAAGUAACGAAAAUUCGAGGUAGAGUGAGAAGACCUGGUAGAAAACGAAUUACCACAACUACUACUGAAGCUGCAUUAGAGGAUCGUAAUGAAUUACAAUUUAAUGAAAAUUAUUUUCAUAUGGCUGAAGUGACGCCCAAAAGUUUCUCCACAACCAAUAAUAAGCAGUUAUACUUCAAUCGCAGAAAUUUACCCAACCGUAAACAAGGAAACUUGGAAGAUCCACAGGAAUUUGUUUUGAAUGUGCCAAAAACAUAUUCCAAUCAAAAUGAGCAGUCCACUAUUCCAUUUCAAAAAUACAUCCAGAGCAGUAGUGGUACACAAAAACAUUUGCCCUUACAACAAUCAUCUGAUAUUUACGAAGCAGAAAGUCAGUGGUCUACAAAAUUAUCAGGAAAUGCUUACCAACAAACUUACUCUUUACACGAUAUAAAAAAUUUAGAAAAUAAUAACACUUAUUUAGAUAGUGAAGAAAGCAAACAAAGCUUUCAAGAAACUACAACUGUUGGUACAGAUACUGAAAUUUCUAUCACCAUCCAACCAUUGGUAAAUUAUGAAAAUAUUUACAGCCAAGAUGUUACAUCAAGCGAAAAUAAUAAUGUGGAACAUACUGAAAAUUCUGGAAUGAUAACAAUUUUGAAUAAUGAUGAUAACAAUAAUCAUAAUAUUAAUGACUACAACAACAUCAAAAACAGUAAUACCAGUAACGGAAAUAAUAUUAAUGUAGAAGGAUCUAAAAUACAAACUGUUAAUGAAUUUAAUCAGGAAAACAUUAAAGCUGACUCAAAUGAGGAACUUACAACAGAGUCUCGCAUAAAAAAUGAAUCUCGUAGGAAGGUUGGGUUUCGGAGAAGAAAAGUUAAAGUCAGAGUAAGUCCUGUUUCUGAAGAAUUUGUAACCGCAGAAUCUCAAAAUUAUGGUUCACCUGUUAACAUACUUAUUAAACAGUCGAAUAAAGAUAGUACAUUUAAUGAUAAAUUUCAUGAUACAAAAUCAUCAUUUUCAAUUACACAAGAAGAAACAAGUUCGAAAGUAAAUAAUGACUAUGUUGAGAUGUUAAAAGUAUCUAGUGAAUCUAUUGAUGUGAUUAAAGAAACCACAAUGUAUCCAUCUACUGAUGCUGUAAGACAAACGAAUGAAAUUAAAGAAUUUAUUGAUGAGACAACAAUAAAAGUUGAAAGAACAACUAAACCAAAAGUACAAUAUUUUGAUGAAAUAUUUGAUUUUACAGAAAAUCCAAAUUCUUUUUUUAGCAGCGAAAAAGAAUCUAAUUUGGAAGACAUAAAAACUCAGACACAAGCUAAAGAAUCAUCCGAAUCUUUAAACGUAACUAAAGUGGACAAUACUAUUGACAAUAGCAUCAACAUUUCAACUGUUAUUCAUCCAAAAAAUCACAGAUUAGAGUGGAGUGAAAUAAAAUCUACUAACUCAUCUCUCUAUGAAAUUGCAAAAAAUGAGACCAUGAAUUCCAGAACUCAAACAAUGUUGGAAAAUGUAAAAGAUGGAAGUAGAAAUAGUAAAAAUAAAACCAAUAAAAUUUCUGACUAUGUUCAAGCAAUUUUUGAUAGCAUCAAAAAUGAUAAUGAAAAUAUGAAUGUUGAACGAAGUUUUCUACGUCCUGUUCAGUUUAAUAAUUAUCAAACUACAAAACAUUCCGUUGAAGAUAUAACAAAAGAACAUAAAAAUGGCAAUUCUAAUUUUAAUAUUACGAAUAAUUUAUUUUCUAAGCCACCUGAAGUUACAAAACUAGGUGAGAUUUUAAGAACAUCAACAACUACAAAAGUUUCACAUAUGACUGAAAUUUGUUAUCGAGGUCGCUGUGUAAUGACAAAACCAAAAGUAGAUCAUUCUACGUAAAAUUAAGUUAUUGAAUUGAUUUAUAAUCGCAUUUUAUUUGGUUUGAAUAAAAGAGCUUAAAACUGUUCUUUUAAAUUUAAAAAGGAGAAUGUAACCAUUAAUUUGGUUAAUAAAACACAAUACCGAAUUUUCAUUUUCCGUUUGUUUAUUAUUUAUUCGUAUGAAGUUGCGUUAAUGUCUUGAGAGUUAAUACUUCGAAGUUUAAAGUUUGUGUUAAGGUUUAAAAAUUUAGGAAAGUAACAAAGACAACAAAUAUGCAAAAUGUUCAUACAUCUUUAAAAACACAAUUAAAAAUUCAAGAACAAAGCACAGUAAAUAGAAUAAAGCAAACUUAAAGAACAAUAUUAAUGUUUUACUUACCUAAUUCUUUUGUAUUCAAUGUGCUUUUUAGAGAAAAAUACAAUAGUUUUGUAGAAAUUGUAAAAAAAUUAAAAUUUUCAGUUAUAUUGUUUGAGUAUGUUCCACGUAUGAACUAUGAUGAGAGUAAAAGACAUAAUAUAAAAACAUGAAUUAGUUUAAUAAUAAUAUGCUUUAUGUAAAAAUAAAUCAAAAAUUAAAUAAAUAUAUAUAUAUAUAUAUA